AUGCACGACUCAGUUUUUUAUUCAUUCAGGCCCUGCCCUUUCUCCUGCGCAUUCCAACUGCCUGUGUCCUCUUCCCUGCUGCCCCCUCGUCGACCUAGAUUCCAGAUCCCUCCUUCCUCGCCCCUCUCCUUCUCGAGCUCGAGCCUCUUGGAAUUCGCUGCACGACCCCUCUCUGAAGUCGUUGCCGCCCUCCUGGCUCUUGCUUGCGUCAGCGCCGAGUUCGGGGUUUCGCGCUCGCCUCCUCGCGUAAUGCCCGAGGUUGAAGACGUGAGCCUCGACGGCGCUGCGCAGGUCCAGACUCGCUAA